ACCACCGCAUUCGUGAAACUGAAAACGUUUUUUUAUUACAGAGUCAGUGUGGCACUGACUCAGUUUUAAAAACGAAUUCGCUAUGAGUGAAUAAAAAACGUUUUGUUAGCAGUUAGUUUGGCACUGGGGUUGAAACCAAUGUCAUAGAAAAAAGGUAAUGAAGAUGGUCGAGUUUCGAGUGACAUAGCAUGCGCUGCUGUAACUAUUUAACAAAUAGUGACGUCAGUCGUUGUGUUUAUCUUUGAUUUUCAGGAAGUAAUUUAUCAAUUAAAAACUUAUUUUUUGUAGAGCUCCCACUGAAUAUGAGGCUAAUGUCAUAGCGUGGAGUGAAUAGUUGUGAAGUUACGUUGAAAAAAUACGGAUAAAAGUGAUAUUUCCAUGUGCCAUUUUCACUUUCCCACGUUCAUAGAAACAUGCGAAGUUUCAUUAUUUUAUCGUUAUGAAGUUCAUGUUUCGAAGGCUCUCAGUGUCGAAUGUAUGCUGUAAGAUAAUAAUCGCCAAUCAAACAAAAUUUCACCGGAAAUGUUACUGCUUUCGAGAACUAAGCAUACGACUGCUCGCUGGACCUUUUAACCACAUGAAUAAUCGAAAUAAGUCACGAUAUAAUUGCCAUCUGUUAGAAAACAACCAGUUGAAUGAUUUCAUGAGAAUUUUGGCUCUAAUUAUAUUGCAACCGUGAGUACUUUGAACAUUGUUUUGUAUCUUCCAUAUCUUCCAUAUACAUUCCAUACUGAAUACAAAUAAUUACGACACGACAUUUUGCUUGCCAAUACAGAUAUACUUCACCUACUGCUCUAUCUCUAAACCAACAAAACCGAAUUCGCUAUACGUUUGUCAAAUCUGUGUGCGAAUGCGAUGGAUAGUAUGGAUGCUAUUUGUACAACACAAAAACGAGAGUGGAACGUAGAGAGCAAGCAAAUUUUCGCUUUGCUAAAAUACACCCUGACCGAAUGCUUCUAGCGGCCGCAAAUUUGCUCCCCAUUGAAGUUCCAGCAGACCGGAAGUUAAUUUCGAUGGAAAACCACUGAAGAACGACUUUCCGAAGUGUGAAAAUAGUGCACGAAAAAAAUUUCCCCGGGCUGUGUUACAAGUUACAAGAGAAAGAUGGCGUCCGUUUGGUGUUCGGUCGAUCUCAAACGCCACCACCGAUCGGACGGAAACUCGGAACAAUUCAUCAUGCAGUGCAGUAAAAUUGCGGAAUAAAUUUGCGUGUAUUGUGAAACGAAAAACUGCUGCUGUAAAGAGUGAGAAAUGAAACGGCUUUCGACGCUGUUUCCGUAGCCUACCGAGAAGAACGGGCAGUUCUUAUUGAUUGCGCAAACUAAACUUUGUUAUUGUUGACACGAGAAGUGAAUCUGCGGGGAAGGAACGAACAGCAGUUUGUGACCAGUAUUUGUUGUCCCGAAAUGUCCAGCUCGGUUUUCAAGGUGUACCCGUCCUCGUCGUGUCCGGAAGAUGAUUCGCUCAACGAUGACGCAGAAGAAGAAGGGGGAGCAUCGCUGGGCGCGACGACAGUAGACGAACAUCUGAAGAUUGACUCGAAUCUCGUUAUUGUGGUUGGGAAGGAUGGAAGCGUUCAUGUCGAUCAGAAAACGCUACACAGUUUAUUAGCCAAUGAGACAAAUGAUACUUCUGUUAGUUUGGUGCGCAUAACGUCCCCCACACCCAGUAUUGAGGAGGAAAUAGAGGAGGAACGUCGAUUGUUGGAAAAGGAAAAGCAACGAGAGCUGGAUCUUAAUGCAGAAGACAACGGAGAGGGAUCGGAGGAUUCCCCCGAAUCAUCGAAUGGGGGAUCAUCAACUAAAAGUGAUAAUCCAACCGGCAGUGGGAAUCCAGGUCCGAGUGGGGUAUCUACGCGGAGGAAUAAAUCAACCGCUAAAAAGGACGACGUGAUGUUGGAUGAUGAAGAUGUUCCACAUGUCAGUUUGCUGGUAGAAGGAUACUAUCCACCUGAAGAGGCGAAGAAGUUUGCGGCUGAAGUGUUGUCCUUGGCCGGUUUGCAAAAGCCGCUACAGGUAACCACAGCGGUGGAUCACGAAUUCCAAAAGUAUGUUGUGGCCAAUGAUCACUGUUACACACCAUUGACCUCGCCAAGCCAAAAAUUGCCACCAAGAUCCUACUAUGACGACCCAGACACUCCGGAAAUUGUUUCCGUCGAAGGCACAUCCUCAUCAAACGAUCCAAACAUAGUGCAAAUGAUUGAAGAUUCUGGUUCCACUAACAGGAAGAAACCCAUUUCAAAAACCCCGGUUUCUUCACCCACAAGUAAAACUCGUAGAAGAAAAUCAAUUGCAGCGAAAGCCGAGUACACCGAUGCGGAAGAUUUGCAAAGCAUUUUGGAAGACACAGACUCGGAAUUCACAGAUGAAAGUUCACCCGAUGAGGAUGAUAAUGAGAAUGAUUUGGAUUUCAGCAUUAGUGGCAAACAGACGAAGAAAAGGGUGUCUGGCUCCAGGAACAGAACCACUUCUCGAAGUACAUCAAAGAAAGAUGAUUUGGUUGAAACUAAAGAUGCGAAGAAAAAGGUCGUUAAAACUCCGAAGAAAUCUCUCGACUCGAAGAUGAACCUGUUUACGGUUAUCAACAAAUCGGGCGUCCCGAAAACGUAUGGUUCCAAAAAGGAUACGAUCAAGAACGUUGAAACGCCACCUCUUCCAUCUUCCCCUGCGCCUGUCGCAAAUCCUAUCCCGAUUUCGGUAAUUGUACCGGUGGUCAAAAAGGAGAAAAAGGUUGUCAAACCAGCUCCCCACGUGGAGGCUCUUUUCAGCGAUAUGACGACACUGUUUUCGACUCCCGAUAUUAUCAAAAAGGUUGGUACCACUCGUCCAACUGUGCAAGUCAAUACUCCGACAGUGAUUCCAACGAUAGUGCCGAGUACUUCUACGGCUGUGCGAGGAUUCGUACAACUUUCGCCCGCCUGUGUUAAAGGAGCCCAAAAGCUACCCGCUCAUAUUUCGAUUCAAACCCAUACCAGCGCCUCGGAAGAGCACGAUAAGCGAUUGGAUUAUAUGGAUUCAAUCGUUCAGCAGGAACUGAGCCAGCCGAAGCUUGUUGUGCCGGAGUCCCUCCAGCCGCCGCCACAACUAAAUAUCGCCGAUGAUAUCGCUAAAAUGCUGGAAAGUAAUCUAAACCCGGGUGGUGUUCAAGAGCCUGUUCUACCCAUACCAGGCAACAGCAUUCUGGCCGCACUCAGUUCCAAUGACGACGGUCUCCCGGAUGAUCUUCUGCAGCAUGUCGCCGAGCUGGCAGAACAUAAGGAACUCCAGGAAAUUCUCGACAAGCAGGUGCUAGGUGUGAUGGGACCCGAUAGUGUUAUGCCCACUCCAGUUGCCACUGCUGUUGGUUCAUCUUUCCUCUCCAGUUCCUCAGUGGUUCCGAUUACAACUCACCAAGCUCAGCCGAUUGUUCAGCCACAAAGCGAAGGCCAUCCGUCUGCGCUGCUGCAGAAAAGCUCGGAAGCGCUGCCAACCAUGACCGUCAAGGAGCAACUGAUGCCCCGGAAAGAAUCUAUCCAGAUUCGUCGGAGUGAUGGCCGAAUCAUCACUUUACCUCCGAUCGAAGCCCCUGCCACAAGAUCUGCUAAGCGACGGGCUCAGGCUGGCGGCACAAGCUCAACUGUCACGUCAAAUGUUACGCUGACCAUAGCUACCGCUGCAUCUCACAUGACCUCCUCUUCGAUCUCCAGCAACGCAUCCUCCAUCUCGUCCAGUUCGGGAACUGCUAAUAGCGCCAAGACAUCGAAACAAUCGUCCAGGGUUGCCACAGGGGUAAACUCGUAUGAUGACGGUACGGGAGGAUUGCUGAUUGAUGAAUCGCGGGGAAAGGGAAAUCGCAGCGCAGCCUCUAGCAGAAGAGGUUCCGAGUCUUCGUCCACGUCGGCAGGGCGGAGCAAGCGGCAGAGCACUGCCGCCACGCCGGUGGUCGUCACUGUGGAUGACGACGUUGAAUCGGACGAGAGCUGGAAUUCCGAAGAUGAUCCUGAUAGACUUUGGUGUAUCUGCAAGCAGCCUCACAAUAACCGUUUUAUGAUUUGCUGUGAUGCCUGCGAAGACUGGUUCCACGGGAAAUGCGUUAAUAUCACCAAAGCGAUGGGACAACAGAUGGAGGAAGAUGGCAUCGAAUGGACCUGUCCUAAUUGCCUGAAAAAGAAACAGGAGAAACAGCAACCGAAAAUGACCGAGUUCUUGAUGUCGGGUAAUGUUAGCGGUAUCGGUGGUACAAGCAUCGAAGCAGCUCCAAAGAUGACUCAUGCGAUGGUUUCCAAGAUCGUUACUGUUACGGGUUGUGUUGUCUGUGGCAAGCCGGCGAGAGCUAGCUCGGUUUACUGUAGCGAUGAUUGCAUCCGGAAACACGCGGGACUGGCGAACAUCCCAGUUAUUACACAGGCAAACAGUCCGGUUGUAUUAUCUCAAGCAGUAAUAUCGUCUGGUGGGAGUCUCGUGAUCAGGCAAAGCGCAAAGGGUCGUGUUGACAAUAGCCAAAUGUCUGACACUUCAACAAUGGGCAAAGCCAAUUCAAAAACUGGACCGAUAAUUGUGAUGGAACGCAAAACCGGACGUUGUUUAACUGGUAAGAAUGCUCCAACGGCAGAAAACUUGAGAGCUUGGCUUUUGAGUCAUCCCACGUUUGAAAUAGUUCCACCUGGAAGUCCACAGGCGGCUAUUAUACUUGCCAAGCAAGCUGAAGUACGAAGGCAACAACUGGUGAAAGAGGCACAAAAGAAGACGACAGCGCCUAAUUUACCUGCUUCUACCGAUGGGAAUCAGAGUUCACCUGUACAGCCAAUCGCUAAAGUUGUUGUUCAAUCACAACUUAAAUUUAGCGAUCAACGGAAAUUAACCUUAAACACCUCAACCGUUCAGCAGAAAAUACAGCAACAACAGGCACCACAGAAAUCGAUGCCGAAAAUUGUACAGAAAAGUGUUGUUCCUGGACUACCGAUGUCAAGAGCUUCACCAGUGGCAACCGUAACGAGUGUGGCUUCAAAGCUCGCAGUCACCACGCCAAAACCUGCACAUACAGCGACCAGCAGUUCGGCAAUCAGCCCCGCUAAUAGCAACAUUAGCAAACAACAGAAAAAAGUAGCGCCGGAAACGAAAAAUCCAGUGAAAACGCCAACAGUUGCCGCCGGUGAAAACAUUCGUGUCACAGUGAAAAAAACUUUGAAGGAACACCUCAUCCAACGUAAAUCCGAAACAAACGAUGAGCAGACUGGCCGCCUGAACGAGCAAGAAAUUGAAAAGUUUGCCGAGGAAAUCGAGGAGGAGUUGUUUGCUCUCUUCAAUAAGGAUACCGGCGCCAAGUACAGAGCCAAAUACCGAUCGCUCGUUUUCAACAUCAAGGAUCGGAAGAAUUUGUCGUUGUUCCAGAAGAUAUGUGAAAAACGAAUCGAGGCGAAACAGCUGGUCCGCAUGACUGCCGAAGAGCUGGCAAGCCAGGAACUGGCUCAGUGGCGUGAAAAAGAGAACAAGCACCAGCUGGAAAUGAUCAAGAAGUCGGAGCUGGAUCUGCUCGCUUGUGCUAAAAAUUAUGUACUGAAAACCCACAAAGGCGAAGAGGUGAUCGAGGGAAAAAGCGACGAUCGGGUACUGCUCGAUCCGACAACAUCGGUUGAGGAUGUGGUGGCGGUGCUCAACAAUUCUACCGUCAGUAGCACCAGUGAGGUAGACAACACUCUCUCACCACCAUCGAAGGACAGCUACCGCUCGUCUAAGGAGUACGAUUUCAGCUAUGGAAAGUAUCCGUCGUCCGGGCUGUACGGAAGCGGAUCCAUAACUAGCAGUUCGAGUUUGCUAGCAACAGCUAGCAGUGCGGCCGCAACAUCCGCAACGUCAACUACUUCUUCCUCGACAGCGGUGAAAAAGAAGGAAACUAGCGGGAGCCGUAGCAGAAGUCGAAGCCGUGAUAGGCGACAUGAUGACAGGUCUCGAAGCCGUUCAAAGCAUAAACGGAGACGAAGCAAGAGUCACGAUCGUAGCAGGGAACGGGAAAGAGAUCGACAUCGUGAUGGAAGUAGGGAAAGAGACCGAGAUCGUCAGGAAAGGGACCGUCAUCGUGAUGGCAGUAGGGACAGAGACCGCGAUCGCCAUCGGGAUCACAAAAAACACGAAUCCAAGGACUCGAAGGAAAAAGAAAGGGAUCAGAAAUCAGCGGUUGAUAAAGUGAAAGCUAAAGAAGCUUCAUCUAGUGUCUCUCUGGAGAAAGACAAGAACGAGGCUCUCGGGAAACUUGUGGAGGCUAAAAAACAACCGAAAAAGGUUGUCUCUUCGAGGCUUCAACCGCUGGAGAGCUUCAAUUUGGUCGAUCAAAUUUUGGCUUCUGCUGGUAGUAGUGGCACAACAGGCAAUGAUUCAACUGAGAGGGUUGAUAAAAUCAUGUCCGAAGAGUCGAUCAAACCGGUGCGUUCUGAUUCAAUUUCCGCAGAGCAGGAUCAGGAACCGACGAGCACCGUUACAAUUCCAACUCCCCCGCAUUCCACCAGCUUUGAAAAUGAAUCCCCCACGACGGAUUUCCCGUCUAGUUCGCUUUCAAGUGAUGUGUCGGAGGAAACACGGAAGAAAGCAAUGUUCGUCCACUGGACGGGUAACGUUCAUAUGAUUGAUGUGGCUUCGGUAGAAAUGUCCAUUCGAGCCGUCAGCGGAGAUGUGGAAGAUAUAGCCAAAGAUUUCACAGAAGAUUUGGAUAUCUGUGGUACAAUCAAACCGGAAAUCGUAUGGGAUUAUAUCGCACAGAUCAAGAAAAGUCCAAGUAAACAAAUUUGCUUGGUUCGAUUCCACUCGAAUGAGAGUGCCGCUUAUUAUACCCUCUAUUCUCAUCUGUUCAGCCGCAAGCGUUACAGCGUGGUUAAAUCCCCGUCGUCGUCUGUGAAAGACUUCUACAUAUUCCCGCUGCCUUCGGAGCAGAUGAUACCUAUGAUUUUGAAACCAUUGAAUGGUGUAGGCAUCAUUGAAGGUGACAAAAAGCCCGAUCUUCUGCUGGGUAUCAUUGUGAAAAUUAAAGGAAAACGAAGUGGACAUUCUAUCGGCACCGCCUCAACAGCUUCGAAGACGCCCAGACGUGUGUUGAAAACGGGAGCAACAAGUGGAUCGCCUUCGGCAGUUUCACCAUCGUUCGCGUUGAUGCAGCAAGUGAUCACGAAGUAUGCCACAGCAAAUAAGAAAUCAAACGAAACAGAACAAGAUUCGACCGUUAAAGCUUCACCUCCGGACAGUCCACUGGCCGUAACGACACCCAAGCCCCAAUCCUCCGGAACAUCUGCCACAUCUACGCCAACGGUUUCGGGCGCUAUCCAAAAGAGUCGGACUGCUUCGGAAUCCCCCGAACAAGUAGAUGUUGAUAUGGAAAUUAUCAAAGCUCCCAUAGUUACUAAAGUUACUACUCCAGCGAAGGAGUCUGUGUCAGCAGCAGUGGUAAUCGACGAUGAUGACGAACCAUAUUCACCGGGUGGGGCAAGUGACGAUAGUGAUAAUUUUGCCGAUGUUACGGCAAUUGUUGAAAACAAAUCAAGUCAGAUCUCAAUAUUAGAUAAUGAAACGGAAAGAAUUCGCCUGGAAAUGGAGGAAAUAAACCGUAAAAUAGCGGAGGAGAAAAAUGAAAUUGUUGGGCUCAUUAACAAAGCGGAACUAAAGGAUGAUGAAAUUAAGUCAAAAUUGCCCUCGUCAUUGAUUACUGAUAUUUCAAUUCCAUCGAACCUCUCGGAGAUACUAGCUAGUAUCAAAAGUGCUCCGCCGACGGUGUCAGAGACCGUGAAAGCAAGUACCGAUAAAGAGUCCACCUCGGAUUCGGUUCGAGCGCCGGAGGACGAAGAAGAAUAUGUUCCAACUGCGCCAUCGAUUUAUUCAAGCUUUAAAUCAAACUUCGGAUACGGCACCAGAAAUUCCUCCUCACAACCGCCCAAGUCGUCCGACAGUAGCGGAAGUAGGCUGGCUAAGCUGUCCGAUGCUGAGCUGCUGAGCAUGGUACCGGACAAUAGUUAUCUCCAAUCUCCACCUGUGCCAGCAAAGGCCGCAAACGAAGACUCGGAUAGUAACGAUUCUGCGCCACCGAUGAAGAAAUCAAGAUGGAGUUCGAGUGAGCCACCUCCUCCGGGUUUAGAGGAAGAAUUUGAUGGAGAAUAAUCCAAAAAAUAUACACAAAUUUCGUCGUAUGUCAGCAGAGAGAAAGCGUGAAAUUUUUUCUCAUGGAGAUUUAUUUUAAAAUAACUCUUUAAAUCGCUUUCAUGUUCAUGGUAAGUGCAAAUAAAUUAAAGGUUCUAACCAAGUUAUUCUAACAGCGUAGUUGCUUUAAAUUAUUCGACUCUAAUAUGAUAAUCUAUAUAGGAAUAUGGAAUUCAAACAUUGAUAACAAAAAUUCGAAUAAACCGUUCUCGAUAAUUAAACAAGUAAACUUCUAUUUAAACCGAAACGCUAGUGGUAAUAUUAUUUCUCAAUACAUUGACUGCGAGUUAGCGCAGUUUUCACUCCUACCGAACAAAUUGUUCCAGUGUAUUUUUGUUUGUUUCUUUUUCGUAAAAAAUAGAAAAUUAUUUGGGUUUAACACAGCGUUUAAAGCUACCCACUUGUUGUACUACCGUUGAGAAAACAAAAUGUAAAUAUAAAGCAUUGUAUAGUGUACACAUAUCUUAAGAGCAUUUAUUUAACAUAACCGAUAUGGAACGGAAUCGAAUCCCCAGACAAUUGUUUUUGGCAUUACUCCCAUUUCGGACUUUGUUGUCAAGAAAUUGAUGUAAACAUUAUGUGAAAAAGUGUAGAAAUUGAACCCGAAAACCUGUAAAGAAAAUAUCCAAAAAGCGAAAAUGUUUUGUGUAAGUCUUGUUCCAUACUUGAAACUCAUAAAAUAAUAAAAACAUUGAAAUAAAAAGUGAAAUUAAUCAAAA